GUUUACAGUGAAUUAAAUUGAAUUAGGGGAAAGGGAAGAGAAAAUGAAAAUAAGCAGUUCCAACGUGGACUUUUAAAAAUGAGUAUAAAUAUUGCCAGGUCAUGAAUUGCGCAAAUCAGUAGACUACAAAAUUCAACUUUCACUAUUAAAAACAAUAAUCAGAGAUGGCACCUCUACAAAAAGGGAAACAGGGUACGAAAGGAGCCAAACAGAUAGUGGAAGAAAAUGUAGCCACAUUAAACUUUUAUAGAAACAUGGCAAUUGGUGCCAAUGCCUUGUCACUGAUGAUACUCGUCUUUUAUUACAGUACGAUAAGUAUUUUAUUAUAUAUUUUUUCGAGUGCAAUCUACAUUGGUUGUUACCAGUUUAUGAUAUACAUGGCAAAAGCUAAAUAUACCGAUUCUGGACAGUUGAUUGAUAGUGGCGUUGAUCUGAAUAUGGAGGGAGGCAUUGCUGAGCAUGUCAAAGAUAUAAUAAUUUUAACAGCCGGUUGCCAAAUAUUGUCAGCCUGCAUUUCCAACUAUUUCUGGCUAUUGUGGCUUCUAGCUCCAGCAAGAGGAGGUUGGAUAGCAUGGAAAAAUAUCCUCCAGCCAUAUUUCUUCCAACAAGCUCCAAAUGAACCAGAAGUGAAUGAAAAAAAGCAAAAGAAGCUCGAAAGAAAGAUGAAGCGAAUGCAACGAUAAUUUUCUAUUUAUAGAAAAUACUCAGUUUACAACAUUGUAAUUCCUUCAUUGUUUGAGAUGUCCAAACUUAACUUUACAUCAAUUUGUGAGUGAGGUGUGUGUGUGAUAAAGAAAAACUGUUUAAUUGAGAAUGUCUUAAAAAUGGCAUUUCUUGGAAAAUAUGUAUUAUUUUUUUUCUGAAUGGUAAUCUUGUGUGAAAUGUUCUUGAACAAUUUUUUUAAUAUAUGGUACUUCACUA